AUGCAGACUAAAGGCACGCCCCUAGGAAUCUUCUUCUUGGCCCUGUUCGCCCUCUGUCUUGCAGACUCGGUACUUACACCGCACGUCUCCUAUUCUGUGUUUAACCAGACAGCCAAGGCUGCCUCCAAGUACGUCAAUGAUGCGAUCAACAAGGCUGACAUACCUCUCCCCACAACUACCCCGUCGGUGUUGGUAAUCCCUGGCUUCAAGGGCGACAUGGCAACCGACAGAGGGAUUGCAGCUUCUCUGAAGACGGUCAGAGACAGCAUAGAGAGCUAUGACACAAUAGUUAUCGUUAGUGGGUACUACCCAGAGAUGUGUGGAGAGGUGACGCCCUUGUACCCCUUAGUGGCAUACACCGGAGAGACCGUUCACACCCAUCUGGGCAACUUUACCGUGGAUGCAGACCUUCGUAACGACUUCUGGGACAGAACAGGGGGGAGACCAGGAAUGGAUUACAACUAUCUUGUAGAGCAAUCCGAUUACUUCGACCACCCCUUCUUCUGGCUUCGAGCCCUCUUCCCCGCAGGAAAGAACCCACGGACCAAGGUGCUCCCAAUAAUCCUGUAUGCAACGCUGCGCAACCAGGUCCAGCUAGCCGCCCAAACCCUCAAUGAUCUUCUCUUCCACAACGAGAACACAACUGCAGGUGACAACUUGGACGCGUACGGACGCCGCACAGAUGGAAAGCGUUACCUUCUCAUCAUCCCCAUCUCCGUAUCCUCGGGUGUCGACCUGUUCAAGAACGUCUACAUCGAAAACAUCCUGUCCGACAUUACCAUGCGGAGCUCAGUGACUGAGUUCGAGCAGUGGCUUUACUACUUGUCUGGGACUACCGGAGCUACCUUCUCGAAAACAAUAGCCUCCCAGAUCCUUGUGGUUCGGCUUGCAGCUCUUGCCGCCGGUCUCUCCGAUGAUGCGAGCUACAGCGAGCGCUCCAGUACCGUCGCGGACUCCCCUCACUGGAAGUGGCGCAUGCUCGACUAUUACACGUCCUUUGAUCCCAUAAUGAACAGAUCCAAAAUGCUUCUGAAGCCCUACUAUCACACAUACUAUGCGAAUGUAGACAUAUCGGGCUUUACAGACGACGACAAUCCCACGGGACAUCAAAUCUACUACAGCAUGGCCCUUUCUAAGGAGCCUCCUCUCCACAAGAUUGUCAAGCAGGAUGCUAAGAAGAAAAAGAGGCGCGUGGCAAAGCUCCCAACGCCUGUCACCUUUACCGAGGGCUUCUCUGAUGCAGCUAUUCGCUAUCUGAUGGAGCAUGUUCGGUCUGCCCUGAGAGGUGAGAAGGUCAACCCGAUGUUAUCCUCCGGUACCAAAUCGAACGUUCCACCAGAGCUGUUUCAGCUAGCUCCAUAUUCGCUAAGGGUGUACAUACUGGCGGAGCACUCUGCAGAGUAUGAGGAGCUCAGACGCUUUGAAAGCAAGAAGAAUGGCGGCGCGCGUGCAAAAGGAGGAUCAGCGCCCGCAAAAACCCUAUCAAACGAACAUGAUAUCAUCGAAACAUCUCUCAGGGACAUCUAUAAUCAUGGAGAGCUUGGGGACAUGUGCAUGGAGACAGUCCUUUUCGAGCUGAUCAACUCAGACUUCUUUCCCACAGAAAGUAUUUACACAAGCUUGAUCAAACAGGCCACUAAUGUGUACAAUGAACGGCUUUCUACGUCACACAUCAAUUCCUUGCUAAAGAAUUUACGUGAGAAGUACAAGACCCUGAUUGCCGAGGGUGCCCUUCCUAAAACAGCCACCAAGGACAUCAAUAUCGAUAUAAAGCGCUCCCUUGUUGUCGAGAUCAGCAUUUAUCAUUCGUGGGAGUACACCAAUGUCUUUCAGCUGACAGAUGCCAAGGGGCACUUUAUAGUCCUCUGGGACGGUCGCCACGCGGUGUGCGAUGUCCCGGAGAACAGACCCGACGGCCCACCCACGAUUUUCUUCCGUCUUACACAAUGCGCGCUUCGCAACGGCCUUGAUCCGUGGGACUGGCAGCGUGGCGUUCUGCACACCUACGACAGAACACGGUACACCGCAAACGUCUACCACCGGGCAACCAAGGACGAGCUGUGA